UGAAAACAGGCAUCAAGGGCUGAGGAGAGGCUACUUCAGCAUUAGGAUGUCAGUUGUUGGUCCUGCCCAGAACAUUUCAGUUCUCCUCUACGAAGACAUAUAAUAACAGAUUGGUGUGUCUAUUUAAAUAAGAAAAUGGAAACCGAACAGCCAGAGGAAACCUUCCCCAACACUGAAACCAGUGGUGAAUUUGGUAAGCGUCCUGCAGAAGAUAUGGAAGAAGAACAAGCAUUUAAAAGGUCUAGAAACACUGACGAGAUGGUUGAAUUACACAUUCUGCUUCAGAGCAAGAAUUCUGGGGCAGUGAUUGGAAAAGGAGGCAAGAAUAUUAAGGCUCUCCAUACUGACUACAAUGCCAGUGUUUCAGUCCCAGACAGGAGUGGCCCCGAGCGCAUAUUGAGUAUCAGUGCUGAUAUUGAAACAAUUGGAGAAAUUCUGAAGAAAAUCAUCCCUACCUUGGAAGAGGGCCUGCAGUUGCCAUCACCCACUGCAACCAGCCAGCUCCUGCUCAAAUCUGAUGCUGUGGAAUGCUUAAAUUACCAGCACUAUAAAGGAAGUGACUUUGACUGCGAGUUGAGACUGUUGAUUCAUCAGAGUCUGGCAGGAGGAAUUAUUGGGGUGAAAGGUGCUAAAAUCAAAGAACUUUGAGAGAACACUCAAACAACAAUCAAGCUGUUCCAGGAAUGCUGUCCUCAUUCCAUUGACAGAGUCAUUCUUAUUGGAGGAAAACCUGAUAGGGUUGUAGAGUGCAUAAAGAUCAUCCUUGAUCUUAUAUCUGAGUCUCCCAUCAAAGGAUGUGCACAGCCUUAUGAUCCCAAUUUUUAUGAUGAAACCUAUGACUAUGGUGGUUUUACAAUGAUGUUUGAUGACCACCGUGGAUGGCCUGUGGGAUUCCCAAUGCGAGGAAGAAGUGGUUUUGACAGAAUGCCUCCUGGUCGGGGUGGGCGUCCCAUGCCUCCAUCCAGAAGAGAUUAUGAUGACAUGAGCCCUCAUAGAGGACCACCUCCCCCUCCACCUGGACGAGGUGGCCGGGGUGGUAGCAGAGCUCGGAAUCUCCCUCUUCCUCCACCACCACCACCUAGAGGAGGAGAUCUAAUGGCCUAUGACAGAAGAGGAAGACCUGGAGAUCGUUACGAUAGAAUGGUUGGUUUCAGUGCCGAUGAAACUUGGGAUUCUGCAAUAGAUACAUGGAGCCCAUCAGAAUGGCAGAUGGCUUAUGAACCACAGGGUGGCUCCGGAUAUGAUUAUUCCUAUGCAGGGGGUCGUGGCUCAUAUGGUGAUCUUGGUGGACCUAUUAUUACUACACAAGUAACUAUUCCCAAAGAUUUGGCUGGAUCUAUUAUUGGCAAAGGUGGUCAGCGGAUUAAACAAAUCUGUCAUGAGUUGGGAGCUUCCAUCAAAAUCGAUGAGCCUUUAGAAGGAUCUGAAGAUCGGAUCAUUACCAUUACAGGAACACAGGAUCAGAUACAGAAUGCAUAGUAUUUACUGCAGAACAGUGUGAAGCAGUAUGCAGAUGUUGAAGGAUUCUAAUGCAAGAUUUUUUUUUUUUUUUAUAGUGUGAAGCAGUAUUCUGGAAAGUUUUUCUAAGACUAGUGAAGAACUGAAGGAGUCCUGCAUCUUUUUUUUUUUUAUCUGCUUCUGUUUAAAAAGCCAACAUUCCUCUGCUUCAUAGGUGUU